AUGUCCAAUACACCGCAGACUGAUCUUCAUGAGUUACUGGCCAUAACAACAAAACCUCAUUCAUUCAAGCAGAAUCCCAAUAGACCACAACCUCCUGCAAGAAGAUACAAACCUUGUAGACAAUUGAUUACAGAUGAAACUAAGUAUCUUCAAACGAAAGCGUUAAAAUUCGACACCCCAACAUACAAUUCAGUUACUGCACCACCCAGUCUAUUACCUCGCAAGAAUUAUUGUGAUAUUACUGGGUUAGAAGGAAAGUAUCGAAGCCCUUCGAAUCAACUUCGAUUUCACAAUGUUGAAAUUUAUCAGGAAGUAAUAAAGAAUAUGCCACCUGGUGUAGAUCAAGAUUAUUUAGAAUUGAGAGGAGCCCAUGUUGUAUUGAAAUGA